CGUCGGAGGAAGAGGAGCAGGCGAGGCGAGGCAAUGGCGAAGGGCGGGCUGAGCAAGCUGCGGUGCAUGAUCAGGAGGUGGCACUCGUCCGGCCGCAUCUCCCGAGCGCCGGCGCCCAGAGAGGAGGACGACCGCGCCGGCGACGGGCGCGCGGCAUCGUUCCACGGCGCGGACGAGGUGCCCAAGGGCCUGCACCCAGUCUACGUCGGCAAGUCGCGGCGCCGGUACCUCAUCGCCGAGGAGCUCGUGGGCCACCCGCUGUUCCAGACCCUCGUCGACCGCUCUGGCGGAGCCGGCACCGCCGUCGGCUGCGAGGUCGUCCUCUUCGAGCACAUGCUCUGGAUGCUGGAGAACGCCGACCCGCAGCCGGAGUCCCUCGACGAGCUCGUCGAGUACUACGCGUGCUGAGAGCCCCGCACCCGGUCGUGACGGCGCUGCCGCGCCGGAGUUGGAAGCUUCCGGAAGCUGCGGC